UAACGUUAAAUUACCUUCAUAUUCGCUUUAAGUCCAACAUCCUUCGCCAGCCGCUGCAAAUCUGCAUACUUAAGUGAAUCCAAAUCCAUAUUAAUUAUGUUUUUUUCCUUUUCUUUUUAAGUGUAAAACACGUUUAAACUAAUUACAAAGGCUGCACUGAGAUCUCGUGUCGAACUCGCACCGUCAAUUGCCUCUGUUUUGGAUCCUGUAAUCGCGCCUGACGGUUAAAACACCAAUUUUCAAAAAUGACAAUUCGUGCCAUUUGAUUCGCUGAGAAUUUAAACAGGAAACUCAAUAUUACCAAUCACCGCUUUCUUAUUACUUUGCCAUCGGGGAUUCGCCAAUGCUCUGCACCACUGAGCACUGACACGGUGAAGACAGCAGUAUCCAGACCAAUCACAUUACAUUUUGAAAAGAAGUGCGGGUUUGCCAACAAAGUUUAUAAAAGUCGUUGUAGAUCGUGGUGUGGUGCAGGUGAUACAAAUUUAGAAAGUUAAAUAAAGUAGGACUGAUUAUUUUCUUUAAAUAAUGUUAAAUACUACGGAAGAGAGUGCGAGCUGCAGCACCCUAGAGACAAGUCUGGUUAAUCUAACGAAAGGGGUGCACUUGGCUCGAGUCGAUUAUCAGAAUGCUAUGGUGUUGCACUGUGGGAUGUGCAAUACAACAUGGGGGGACACUCUUGAAGUGUGUGGCGAGGAAAAACAACUGAACUCCAUCAUUUGCCUCCGAGUCACUAAGGACGUGGUGGUUAAGGAUGAGCUGGAAUUUAAGCUCGAGGGUCGAAUGGCUGGCAGUACCUACAAAGCUCUGCAUUGCGCAGGGUGUCAGUGUUUCGUUGGUGUAGUUCCGUACUCCACCCCAAAGCACUUAUCUGCACUUCGCAACCUCUUCCUUUUGCAGAAAGAAAACAUCAACUGUUACAAUUUAAGAAAUGGCACCAUGGAAAAAGCCUCAUCACUGCAUUUUGACCAAAGUACUGUACACAAAAGUAUCAAGGAGCUGAAACAGGAAAUCGAUCUUCUGGCUGAGACCCUUACUGCAAUGGAGAAGAGGCUUAAAGGAGUGUACUUUGGCAAAGAGGGUUAAUCAUAAACUGGGGGUGUUUGUCGUUUUUCUCGUAAUGCAGUGCAAUCUGAUCCAUCUCCUGUGGAAGUGAAUGUUUUGCGCAUGAUGUGCAAUACCACCAAAUGUCUGGAGUUGUUCAGUAAUGAUCAUUGAUCGCCCUUGUGGUGGACAGAUGGACGCUCUUCUCUUUAGACUAGAAGAAACGCACCUCUCGCUGUACCCACAGUUGUGUCGGUUUGAACACUUACCUGUAUGGGAGACCGUUGUAACGGCUGGGAAAAUAAGCACCGACAUGGAGUUGAUCCAUGUUAAAACAAGGCACUUUCUUUCAGUUGCCCAGUUAAUAGUUCUAGCCUCAAGCUUUUGCUUUAAAAUAUAGUAAAGUGGUUUGAGGAGGGGGGGGGGAGCCUUAAUAGAAAAGGUUGCUUUUUGUGCUUGGAAGGAAUCAAGCACUUGGUGAGCACUUGAACCUAAGGUGACCACGGCGAGGAAUGACCUUUCAUUGAAAUGCGUCUUUGCCUUUGCUGUGGUUUAGUCAAGCUUCGCUGUUUAGGCUCAUAUCCUCGAAAGAAAUGUCUGCUCUCAAACCAAUAUUAAAUGUUACUCUAAUAUUGAUCUACUGGGUAUUGUGUAACUUUGUAUUAUUGCAACCAGACCCAAAAUAAAAAUAACAAAAUAAUAAACAGAAA